AUGAAGCAAGCUUGUGAUCAGCUCCUAGCUCAGAGAGUUGAAAUAAAGAUGAAGAGCAAAAAAACAUCAGAUAUCAUGAACAGACUUCCUGUUGCCAUGCCAACACAGAGAGAUCAGAAAGAGAGACCACCCGGCAUUCCUCAGGUAAUGCCGCACUAUCCCGAACAUCUUAUAAAAGAACUGUAGUCAAUCCCUAAAGCCCACGGUGAUCAGUGUCGACUUUCUUUCCAAGGAAUCAAUGUGUAAUUUAAUAGAAAUAGUGAGAGUUAGGGCAUUGAUCACAUAAGAAAAUUGUCUUGGUAGGUUAACACUGGUUGUACAAGAAAUAGGUGAACUCUCAUGGAAGUUUGUGCUGCUUAGUAUGGACUCCGUUACUGCGCUUUUCACAAAUAUGCAAGCUUUCUAGUUCAAAAGCCGCCUUCACAAUUGCGUUUUUUGCUGCCCUCAAUCAUAACUACACUUUUACCAUCACAAGCAAUGAACCUUGAAAAAAGGAAACACACAAAACGGAUCGAAAUCUGCCAAUCACAGAUCACAAACCAUGACCUUUUGAACCCAUUUAAGUAAAGUUCUGUUUCCUGAGAGGUCCGCUAAGAUGAUUGACGGCAGCGAAAAACACAAACGUUGGUUGGCUUUUGAACUUCGGAGUUCACGUGUUUUUGAAAAACGCAGUAAUGUAGAAAAAAAUACCACACUAGAUAACUGUUUGUUUUAUUGGCAUAAACAGCACCAACCAUGCACAAACAUUGAGUUCUGUGUAAAUAGAGAGUGAACACAUCACAUUUUUGUUUGCAUUGUCCCUUUUGGAGAGCUUAAAGAUAAACAAAGAGUACUAAAUAAAAAAGCGUACAAAGAAAGCCCAGGGUUUAGUGGAUUUUUCUAUCAGGCUAUUGAAUUCUCUUCUUAACUUGCGUAACGGGCAAGUGAAGUUUUUGGGGGAAUUCAAAUUACAGAAGAACUGUGCUUAAGUUAUUAUGCAACACCUGUAGCUAUACUUUUCCCGAAUGGCUUUUUCAGGCUUCUUACGCAAUUGCAUAAAUUGCGUUCACAACUGCGAGGAUCGUUCUUCAUUUGUUUUAAAUAUUACUGUUAGUAACCAUUCUGUCAAGGUGAUUGUAAUACAUGUAUUUAUUAGAUCUAUACUGUGUCACAUUGCAAGAAAUUAUGUCCACAGAGAGAGUUUGGAUUGUCUUAUAAUACUGAUUCAAACUUUAUUUGUGCUACUUCAUAUACAGGCUGUACUGGACAAAAGGCAGGCUAUGGUUGUUGAAGGAGCCCAGCCCAAGCGCAAACUGGCCAGAGAACUGGAGAUUGAGAUGGGAGAAGAUUACUACAUAGAUAUGCGGGAGCAUUGGGAUCUGGAAAAAGGUGACGAGAAACAUGAUAUUUUACCAGAGAUUUACCUUGGAAAGAAUGUGGCUGACUUCAUUGAUCCAGAUAUUAUGAAGGUGAGGCUUCAACUUGGAGUUGUAGUGCUAAAGUUUCAAUUUCUUUAUGUGAAAAGUAGCAGGUCAAACCAAGAGAAGAGCCCUAAGCACAACUUUGUGUCCUUUUUUAAUCUGCCUAAUCUGAGAUUUGUAUAUGUCACUACAAUAAAUGAAUUAAUUGUUUAAUAAUUGGUUAGAUGUGUUUACAAAAAAUCAGUCAAUCGAUCAAUCAAUCAAUAGACUUGGCAAUACAAAUGAAGGCCAUUUCCUAGUUCCAAAAACUCUCACUUUCAAAAUGAGGCUAAAUGCAAAACCUUUCUUGUGAAAACGAGUUUUAUUUGCAUGAUAACAAAACUAAUUUUCAUAUCAAUGCCUUUGCGCUUACGGGGCUGCAAAUAACAGUCGGUCAUCAGACAUUGGCUGACCAAAAUUUGCUAGUUUAGUGUCCGAUUCUCCAUGCGCCUUACCGUUAUCACAAAAGUAAAAUAUUUGAAUUUCUUUCAUUACAGAAAUUAGAAGAGUUGGAGAAAGAAGAGGAACUCCGCGAGGCUGAAGGGCUUUAUGACUCAGAACCAGUAAGAGAGUGUCUUAGAGAUUUUUGGAUCAUUAUCAUCAUUUUGCCCACCUGCCCCUCCCUUAAGCCAACAUUUUGCCUCAAGUGAGACGUAAGUGUUAAUGUUGGCCUGUAGUAAAUCUUGCCAAGAUUCCCGUGGUAAUUCUUACAAGGAUUCCCGUGGUAACUCUUUCCAAGAUUCUUGCAAAGAUACCUAUAGUAAAAUUCCCAAGAUUCUUGCCAACAUACCCAUAGUAAAUCUUACCAAGAUUCUUGCCAAGAUAUCCAAAGCAAUUAUUACCAAAAUUCUUGCCAAGAUACCCAUAGUAGUUCUUACCAAGAUUCUUGCCAAGCUGCAUAUAGUAAAAUUCCCAAGAUUCUUCCCAACAUAUCCAAAGUAAAUCUUACCAAGAUUCUUGCCAAGAUAUCGAAAGCAAUUCUUACAAACAUUCUUGCCAACAUACACCUUGUAAUUCUUACCAAGAUUUUUGCCAAGAUUUCCGUGAUAAUUCUUGCCAGGAUACCCAUACUAAUUCUUACCAAGAUUCUUGCCAAGAUACCUAUAGUAAAUCUUACCAAGAUUCUUGCCAAGAUCCCCGCGGUAAUUCUUACCAAGAUUCUUUCCAAGAUUCCGGUGGUAAUUCUUGCCAAGAAUCUUGCCAAGAUUUGGGUGAUAAUUCUUGCCAAGAUACCCAUGCUAAUUCUUACCAAGAUUCUUGCCAACAUACCCAUAGUUAAUCUUACCAAGAUUCUUGCCAAGAUAACCAUAGUAAUUCUUACCAAGAUUCUUGCCAAGAUUUCUGUGAUAAUUCUUGCCAAGAUACCCAUAGUAAAUCUGACCAAGAUUCUUGCCAAGAUACCCAUAGUAAAUCUGACCAAGAUUCUUGCCAAGAUACCUAUAGUAAAUCUUACCAAGAUUCUUACCAAGCUACUGAUAGUAAUUCUUACCAAGAUUCUUGCCAAGAUACCUAUAGUAAAUCUUAACAAGAUUUUUGCCAAGAUUCCCGUUGUAAUUCUUGCCAAGAUUCUUGCCAAGAUACCAAUUGUACUUCUUACCAGAAUUCUUGCCAAGAUUCCCGUGGUAACACACCCAUAGUAAUUGUUACCAAGAUUCUUGCCAAGAUACCUUUAGUAAAUCAUACCAAGAUUUUUGCCGAGAUACCCAUAGUAAUUCUUGCCAAGAUUCUUGCCAAGAUUCCUUUGGUAAUUCUUGCCGAGAUUCUUGCCAAGAUUACUGUAGUAAUUCUUACCAAGAUUCUUGCCAAGGUUCCUGCGGUAAUUCUUGGCAAGAUUCUUGGCAAGAUUGCCAUAGUAAUUCUUACCACGAUUCUUGCCAACAUACCCAUAGUAAAUGUUACCAAGAUUCUUCCCAAGAUACCUUUAGUAAAUCUUACCAUGAUUCUUGCCGAGAUACCCAUGGUAAUUCUAGCCAAGAUUCUUUCCAAAAUUCCUGUGGCAAUUCUUGCCGAGAUUCUUGCCAAGAUCCUGCGGUAAUUCUUACCAAGAUUCUUGCCAAGAUUCCUGUAGUAAUUCUUACCAAGAUUCUUGCCUCGAUUCCUGUGAUAAUUCUUGCCAAGAUUCCCAUAGUAAUUCUUCCCAAGAUUCAAUCCAAGAUUCCCGUGAUAAUUCUUGCCAAGAUUCUUGCCAAGAUGCCCAUAGUAAUUCUUACCAAGGUAACCAUAGUAAAUCUUGCCAAGAUACCUAUAGUAAUUCUUACCACGAUUCUUGUCAAGAUACCUAUAGUAAAUCUUUCCAAGAUUCUUGCCGAGAUACCCAUAGUAAUUCUUGCCAAGAUUCUUGCCAAGAUACCUAUAGUAAAUCUUACCAAGAUUCUUACCGAGAUACCCAUGGUAAUUCUUGCCAAGAUUCCUGUGACAAUUCUUGCCGAGAUUCUUGCCAAGAUUCCUGUGGUAAUUCUUGCCACGAUUCCCGUGGUAAUUCUUGCCAAGGUCCUUGCCAAGAUUCCUGUGGUAAUUCUUGCCAAGAUUCCUGUGGCAAUACUUGCCGAGAUUCUUGCCAAGAUCCCCGCGGUAAUUCUUAGCAAGAUUCUUGCCAAGAUUUGUGUAGUAAUUCUUACCAAGAUUUUUGCCAAGUUUCCUCUGGUAAUUCUUGCCAAGAUUCUUGCCAAGGUUCCCGUGGUAAGUCUUGCCAAGAUUCUUGCCAAGAUUCUUACCAAGAUUACCCUAGUGAUUCUUACCAAGAUUUUUGCCAAGAUUCCCGUUGUAAUUCUUGCCAAGAUUCUUUCCAAGAUACCUAUUGUACUUCUUACCAGAUUUCUUGCCAAGAUUCCCGUGGUAAUUCUUGCCAAAAUUCCCCGUGGUAAUUCUUGCCAAGAUUUUAGCCAAGAUACCCAUAGUAAUUCUUACCAAGAUUCUUGCCAAGAUAUCUAUAGCAAAUCUUACCAACAUUCUUGCCAAGAUACCCAUGUUAAAUCUUGCCAAGAUUCUUACCAAGAUACCGAUAGUAAAUCUUACCAAGAUUCUUGCUAAGAUUCCCGUUCUAAUUCUUUCCAAGAUUCUUGCCAAAAUACCCAUUUUAAUUCUUAGCAAGAUUCUUGCCAAGAUUCCCGUGGUAAUUCUUAGCAAGAUUCUUGCUAAGAUUCCCGUGGUCAUUCUUGCCAAGAUUUUUGCCAAGAUUACCGUAGUAAUUCUUACCAAGAUACUUAUCAAGAUUCCCGUGGUAAUUCUUACCAAGAUUCUUGCUAAUAUUCCCGUGGUAAUUCUUGCCAAGAUUCUUUCCACGAUUCCCGUAGUAAUUCUUGCCAAGAAUCCCUGUGGUAAUUCUUGCGAAGAUUCUAGCCAAGAAACCCAUAGUAAUUCUCACCAAUAUUCCUGCCAAGAUACCUGUAGUAAAUCUUACCAAGAUUUUUCCCAAGAUACCCAUAGUGUUUUUACUGUAUUAUUUUGGUUGCCCGAGCAUGUGCGGUUUUGAAGUUAUAGGGGCUGGUCUCUAUAGUUACCCCCACCCCCUUCCCUCCCCCCGGCCAGGAAGCAAAAAGAACAGCCAUGUAUGCACAGGGUUAAAUGCUCUGUCGCGUGUCGCCUGACGUUCCUCUAUCGCGGUUACUGGUCACUUCUCGAAUUAUUGAUAAUCGUUUUAGAGUUUUUUUAUUGUAUUUGUCUCGUUUUACAGGAGGAAUUGGACUCUGAAGAAGAGGAUAUAAGAAAUAAAGCUGAACAGUGAGUUAUAUGUUUAAUUAUAUAUUAGCAACUCUCUGAAUUUACUUGUCUUGGUUAAAGCUUUCUGAGCGCAAUUUUCUCUUUACUUUAGAAUCCGCGAAAAGAAAAAGCUUAUUGUCAAAGCUCAUCGUGAGAUGAAACCAAGAAAUAACAAAGCAAAACUUUCACGUUCCGUGUUCCUUAAGGUAAGUUAAAACUUUUACAGCAAGAAGCCCAAAAGUAUGACCUCUCAUUCUUUCGUGCAGAUUUAAUCCAAUAAGAAGCCAGCUGGAAACUGUCCUCCACUUCCGAUUGGUUAAUAUCUGCAUGACAGAAUGUGAGGUUACACUUUUGGGCUCGUUCACAUCGUUUCUGUUUUGUUUCUCAGUGAGGAGUAGUAUGUACUGUAAAUUUUUUGGGACAAAGAAAAAGAUAAGUGUCAAUUCAUAGCAUAAUGGGACUGCUCUAGAAUGAUUCUGUGUUUAUUCACAUCACAACCAGUCUCAUACUAGGGAGCAGUCCGAAGUUUAGCGGUCCAGGCGUUACGCUCCUCCGCGGACAACUUAAUGGAUGAGCAUAAGGACCAUAAGGCCAUCGCCGAGAAGGCGAUAGUUUACUAUCAGUUCGCACUUGUGAAACUAAUGGAUACUUACAAGUGGAGUUAUAGUGCAGGUUAACAAUCGCAAUCUCUCUGGCCAAUCACGAGACCCACUGAGAGAUAAGUGCUUGAUCAGCUUAAACAGGGCGUGCUGGCGGAAAUUCUAGGAGAAAUGUUUUAAAUAAAAUAUUAUCCUCUCAUUCACGACCCCACGUGGCGUAGUGGUAAAAAUAUUUCCGGCACGUAGGAGGUGCUGAGUUCCGGGCGAAAAGCCUCUUUUCUUUUUUCUCUUCUCUUCUUUUCUUUUUUUUUUUUCGUUUCGUUUAGUAUUUUUAGAUAUUGUAGUUUUGUUUUGUUUCUUUAUAUAGCGUUAGUUUUUUUACAUUUAUAUAUUUUCUUCCCUAUUGCCUUAUUUCCCUUUCAUCCUACUUCUUGCCGUUCCCCCGAAGUGCUCCGCGAGGUCUUGCGAUGCACGUAUUUCUAGUUAUUGAUUUAAAUCUGAUGGGUUAAAACAAGUGGUGCGGACUUUUUCACGCAAUCACAGAGCAAAGCAAUGUAAAGCCAAGGAUUGAAAAGUUUUUAUCCGGACCACGUGACGGUUUCGUUGUUUUAAUCUUUUAAUAUUUUUUGCAGAUAGGCUCAAGCCACUCGCAGCCGAAAAAAGAGUGAUACUGAUUUGGGUGAGGCAAUGGAAGGCAUUGAAGAGGUAGGCAGUGGUUUUAUCAUGCGCACCUAUUAUCAUUGUUUAUUUCAUGUAUAACACUGGAUGUGUACCGAUCCGUAUUUGCAGGGAGAUGAGACUGUAACAAGAUCUCGUUCCCAGACACCAAUGAGUCGGAAAAGAAAGAGCGGCUAG